CCUCCGUCGUUCGUCGUUAAACGCAUUCUUUUCAUUUCGCUGUACUUGACCCAUUCGAUCGUGUUACUUAACCGGAAUAAUUAUUUUCACUCGUCGCGCGUCCGCGAUCCGCGUUGUUUCUAAUUAAAAAAAUUAGAAAGCUUCAUUAUCGUUACAGUUUCAGAGUGUCGGUGGUUUCACUUCUGCACUAGAGUUGUAUUUGUAAUUUGCGUUUAAGGAAAUUGGAUUUUUUUACGUGUUAACAGAAUUCGAAGAAAUUUGGAGGAAUUUUUUUUUUUUUCUUUUUUUUUUUCGUGCGAUGGAAAUAUAGUUUUGCUUUGGAGUUGUCGAGUAUUGCGACGAUUUGAACGUAUCGAAGAAAGUGGAAGUGAAUAGAAAGCGAAAGUUCUGCUGUAACAUCCUACAGUCUGAAAGUCGACGAUCUCUGGACACGGGCGUGCGAUGCGUCGUCCAUGUUACUCACAGUAGGUGUAGCGGCACCGGGAAUAAAGUUCAAUCGGCAGAUCCAGUCCCCUCGGCUCGGUUCUUCCUCGAUCCGGUCCCUGAAUCGGCGGAGGCCGCAGUGAAUCGGGGAUCGUCGAUCGGUGCGGACGCGUCGUUUCACGGCGGCGAUACAACGCCAAGGACGCGAGAGACUCGCCGGAGGCAUGGUCAUGGACACAAGCACCGUGCGGCUGGUCAUAUUCCUCGGCAUGUUCCUCAUGCUGGCGGGCGACUACACUUACCUGAUCACCGCGAUUUUCGGCCGGUCGGGCGGGCAAAACAUCACGGAGCCGAGCAAAACUCCCGAGAGCCAAGGGAGGAGCAACGAUCCCGAGGGCAGGAUAGCCCUGUCCGUCACCAAGAAGAUGGACGAGAAGGAGAACGCAAUUUCACGGCGUGCAAGAAUGAUGACGACGAUCAAGACUGCUUGUUUGCCCAAGCUGAUAUGCGAACUGACCUCGUCCGUCAAUCAGGAUCAGCUAAGCGAAAUGGAAAGGUCCCUGUUAAAUUUAAUCAGGGACACGAGCUUGAGCACGCUGGCGGAAGUGCCCUCGAGGUACCACUUCGCCGCGCAUAUGGGUCAACUGAUAUCCGGCGUGGAAGGUCAAGGAUGCCAUAAUUUCUAUCCCACCUGUCCGCUGCCUGGAUCCAGCGUUCUCAACAUGAUGAAGAAGAUUCGAUUGCGCUGACGCGAUGGAAUCGCGUAGAAAUGAAAGAGAGAGAAAGAGAGAGAGAGAGAGAGAGAGAAAGAGAAAAGGAAAAAAAAAUACGACGACUCAACCUGUGAUAUCGCAGACGAUUCCUCUUCUAAAUUUUCUGUAACCAAAAUCUCGAACGAGCGAUCGGAUGGAUUGUUCUGAAGGGAAAUUUUGAACGAAAAGAAUAUCCCUGAUAUUAUAUUAAGUUACAGUGAUAAUAUUUUGAAAUUAUCUUCAGCACGAUUAGAGAAACUCGCGCGUAGAUUAAGUAUAUUUAAGGAAUGAUUUUUAUCAAGUUAUCCAAUAGUAUUUCAAUGUAUAUUCCAAUGAUCAUUGGAUUAUAUGGCGUUUUAUCGAUGUAACAUAGCUUUAGAUUAAGAAAAGUAUGUAAGAAGUGGUAAUCUAUAUUAGUAAUAAUUAAUCUUUGUGAAUCUCGUGUAUAAUCGAGAAGAAAGAAAAAAAAAAAAUCUGAUAAUAAUUAUUUAUUUCUUUCGCCGUUAAUAUUCUCGAUAACUUUCGAUUAUGUUUUAACGCAAUGUAUAAAAAGAUUAUGAAUUAUAUGUAUAAUGAAAUAUCGUAUGUCUUAUCUAUUGAUGCAAA